AUGCUGAAAUCAAUAAACUUGUCAUGAAUUUAUAAUGACGAAGAGAUAGACCUUGUCGUCCUUGAUAUUUGUGGCUUAGAAGAUCUUUACUUAAACUUACAUCCCCGUGCGAAAAAUAUUAUUGUUACAGAUGCCGCUUCAAAUUCUUUAAAAGAUUUUCUAGCUGCCAAAGCAGCUAAUUAGAUUAGAUUACGCUUCAUAUUUAAUGUCCAUGCUUCAGCGGGUGCAUUUUUCACAGCUUCGUUAGAAGCUGUGUGUGGUCCAAAAUGAAUUGGGCUGACCUCUGGUAAUUCUGAGCCCAGGCCGAAACCCUGGCUUGUCGAUAGUGGCUGCCCUAUUAUGUCCGAAGACAAUAGUUGAACACCACCAGUGCCAACUCAGUCCCUUCGCCCCUAUUACACCAAUUCUACCUGGUACUUCUGGCAAGCUCGCCAACCUAAGGGACCUUUUGCUAAAGGGACCGCCUCAAAGUUACCUAAUUUGCAUCCUCUUUUUUCAAGUCAUCCGUUUAAAAAUACUAACCACUUCCGCGAUUUGUAACAAUCCGCAAUAGCAGCUUGAGCAAGCAAUUCACCCUGCUCCAUUUCUAGCACCCACUAGCUUGGGUGCUGCCGCAAAAAGAAGUCAUGAGUAACUUCCCAUUUAUUAGGCAAAAAACUGCAGCUCUGUGCUUAAGACCUUCGCCUCAGAUCAACUCUCGGCUCCAAAUAUAGAAAUUGCCCGAGGAUGGUGUUAUUUUGCGCCAUCCUCGGGCAAUUCAAAAAAAGGGCCCCACGCGGUAAUUGAACCCACGUGUGGGGCCAUUUUUGGUAUGUGGAGAAUAUUGACUUCCACGUACCAAAAAUGGCCUCACAAGUGGGUUCAAUUCCCGUGUGGGGCAAUUUCUAUACCAUGCCUGGAUAUUUAUAUGUAACCAUCCACGAGAGGACUGGUUGGAUAUCAUCAUUUUAUAAAUAUUGCCAAAUCAUCUAAUAAGCUACCAACAAAAAUAGUAGGAGACAUGAACCAUAUUACCCAGGAAACAAAACAAUUUUUCUCUGGAGUCCAACAGAUCUGCGAUCCUGACCAAUGCACAACAGACUGCGAAAAAAGCUUAUGUUUUGCCUCUGAUGAAAGACCUGUAAUAAUCCUUGGCGACCUGGCUGGUAGAAUGGAUCAGUCUUUCUAUAUGCUGAGCAUCAUUUUUGAAGAAAAAUUUGCAAAUAAAAAUUUGUUCAUUUAUAAUAAAGAAAAUUUGGCUCUCCCAAUAAGAAAAGGGCUAAAUAAGGUAAGUCUGAUAAAAGGAGAAAAUUUUAGACAUUUUGGGCUGUUUCCUGUACAAGGGAAUACAAAAUUGUCAACAGAAGGGUUUAAGUGGAAUCUUUCGAAUAUAGAGUCAGAGUUUGGAGGGCUUAUCAGUGUAAGAAAUGGAGCAAUAGAGAAUGACUUGCUGAUUGAGUGUGAUAAAGCGAUACUUUUAACAUGCUCAAAACAAUAA